AUGUCUUCUACAAACUCUCACUCAGAUGAAUGGGUUGCCGACCUUCUUUCGCAGGAGGCGGCUGACUGCGCCCUCAAAUAUUCAACCAUGGGCAUGGACGCCUACACCAAGUCGGCCAAGCGCCCGGCAAAUCAUCCCAAACCAAACACACGUUUCUUGAACAACAUUGUGAAAGCUACCAACAGUCACAAUCAGAGCCUUUUAGAACAAGAACGCGCCGACUCGCGAGCUCGAUUGAAGGACUUGGAACGCACAAAGCGGGCGGCCGAUGAGCGUGAACAGAGGCGGCGGCCUGGUGCUGCCGACACACGGAAUCGAAUGCUAGGGGAUAUCAAGGCCAUACUCGGUGGUUCGUCUAAGAAGCGCAAGACCGAAGAUACUGGUCGUGACUCGGACCUGAUUUCAGAAUCCAAACGCUCUAGAAAAGACGACAGUGAAAUCAAGAUUCGCGGAAGAGGACACACGAGCAGAAGAGAUUCGGAUCGUGAGGACUCGAAGACCAGCAACACCAGGAACUCCGAAAAAGAAUUGUUCGCAGACCAUGGGCCAAAGCGAGGCUUGCCCCGGGAAGAACGAAGAGAUGAAAGAAGGGAGUUGCGAGAACAGAGGCAUCGCCAAGACAGACACACCUCUCGCGCAGAUAGGAAAAGUAGGGACCGUGUUCCCCGAGAGACUCGGAAAGAGCAUCGUGGUCAUGAAACCGACUCAAAGGGAAGACUAGAAGAAUCGGAUUCGGACCCUCUCGAGGACAUUAUUGGACCUAAACCGCCGUCACCUGUUCGCAAGCGUGGCCGAGGAACGACUUCUGGGUCUUCAGCAAUGGACACUCGUUUCGCAUCAAACUACGACCCCAAAGCUGAUGUUUCCCUCGAGCAAGACGAAGAGGAUGACGACUGGGGUUCGGCGUUGGAAGCCCUUCGCGACCGCGAGCGAUGGAAACAGCAAGGUGCCGACAGGCUCCGCGCUGCUGGUUUCACCGACGAUCAGGUGAAGAAAUGGGAGAAGGGGGAUCAGAAGAACGAAGAAGACGUCAAAUGGUCCAAGAAGGGCGAUGAGCGGGAAUGGGAUCGAGGCAAGGUUCUUAAGGGCGACUUUUAG